AUGUCGCUCCUACAGAGGCUAUCCUAUACUGCACUUCCACCCGACCACAUACGCCUUCUUCACAUUAACACGGACAAGUUGGACGCAAAUGUAGGCUUUCUGGAGGUUGUUUCACUUGACAAAGCGCCGCCCUUCUACGCGCUUAGCCAUUGCUGGGGUACUCAAGCUCAGGAUACCGCUAUCCAAGUUGGUGAGCAAACAAUAUGUCUUACACCAGGAUUGGUAGCUGGUAUCCAAGCCCUGCAGAAGCUAGCUGGCGAUGAGUCUAGCUUCAAUCCCCCACUCAGGCAUGUUUGGAUCGAUAGCAUUUGUGUCAAUCAGCAAAGCAUAGCAGAUCGCUCCUCCCAGGUGGCUCUUAUGAGGAGAAUCUACUCCACGUCCCUUGCCACUCUGAUUUGGCUGGGACCGGAACGCGCUUGGUUUGCAUCAGCAUCGAAAUUGCUCGACCAAAUCUAUCAUGUUUUCUUAUCAGAUUAUCCCACGGCACGGAUCGAGGGUGAUAUCCCUGCCAGGGUCUACUCAGAUUCCCUUCAUUCACUCACCGGUCUUCCGCCAUGGGAUGCUGAGUGCUGGAACCAUCUGAAACAUAUGAUGGAUCUCGAUUGGUUUUCUAGAAUAUGGGUAGUCCAAGAGGUAGUGCUAUCUCCACAAGAUCCCAUCGUCAUCUGUGGUCAGCAUCUAUAUCCAUGGCGCAAGCUCCAAUGGGCAAGCUCAUGGUUGCGGCGGACAGGAUACAUGCGGCUGCCACAGAUUCCCGAGACGUUACUCAACGUGAGUAAUAUGGGCAACUUGCGAUAUUGUCGAUCGAAAUGGCCACUGGAAGCUUUGAUGUCAUUCACAAUGACGAAGUUCCAUGCUACAGAUCAAAGGGACAAGAUAUUUGGUCUUCUUGGAAUAGCUGCAGAGUGUGCAGAUCCUGCAAAGACCCUAGAAGCGCUACGGCCUGAUUACAGCACCGACUUGGCACAGACAUAUCUCAAAAUCGCUCAGUUUCUACUCAAGAACGGAAGUUCAUUAGCUGUACUAACCCGAGCACAUGGUGCAACUGGGUGUUUGAUGAGAAAACAACGUGUGCACAACUUUGAAGACCUGCCUUCUUGGGCUCCCGACUGGAGCGACUUUCGCGUAUUUAACAAGAGCAUACGAACAAGUCUUGCUCGUGCGCAUUAUUCUGAUCCGGAUGCACCACCCAGACUUGGUUUCGCCAAGUCUUAUGCGGCUUCAGCUGGCCUUCGUCGAAAGCUUUACGAAUCUGACGAUAUUGCUACUCUCCGCGUAGGUGCCGUGAAACUAGCCACAGUAACACAUCUUCACUGUUUCGACGAGAAUGAACCAUCGAAGGACGAGUUUCAACAUGUUAUAGACGCAAAACUUCGCGCAGCAUGGAACUUGGGUCUUUCGACCUUGAAAAUAACAGACUUGACGUCCUGGGCGACAACUUUCAUCAAAGUUACUACGGCAGAGCGCUAUGAUCUCAUGAAGCGUUCACUUGAACAGACCAUCAAAGAUGGUACGGCCUACCUAGUCAAGAAACUAGAAGAUCAAGAGUCAGGGCUACGCUUUCCUGUGAAUAUCAUCGAAAGGCGCAGAGCCAUGGAUGAGCUGCGAACGCUAUCAGUCGGUGGAGAUUCUGAAGAGUAUAUUACACUGGCAUACACCUACUGCUUCAGCAGAUCUCUUGUGGUAACCUCUACAGGAAAUGUUGGGCUUAGCCCAUCAGAUACAAAGAUCGGCGAUUAUGCUGUAGUUAUCCUUGGUAGCGACGUGCCUUAUGUGCUUCGAGAUAAUGGCUCAUUCUGGUACUUUGUUGGGGAGCUAUACCUGGAAGGAUAUAUGAAUGGUGAAGUGGCGAUGGCGAUGGAAAAGAGACAGAGCAAAGAGGAGAUAAUAGACAUCAGAUAG